AUGUCUCCAGAACCAACAGCAGACGACCUCAACGAUCUCUUUAAUUAUGAUAUUGGCCUCGAUGAGGUCGUUCCAGACACCACUGCCGCCAACAACGCGUCCAACCCUCCGGCACCGGGAGACUCUGCCGGCCUGGGUCUCGACGAAGAGGUCAAAGUCACCAAGAAAAGACAACCUGUCGCCAAACUAGACGAAGCUCGUCUGCUCUCACAGCCCGGCAUCCCAAAGCUGCGACGCACCGCCAAGCAGAAACUGCGAUUCAAAGGCAAAGGCCACGAGUUUUCGGAUGCGGCCCGCCUUCUGAACUUCUACCAACUCUGGCUGGAUGACCUAUUCCCAAAAGCGAAAUUCGCCGAUGGCCUGGCGAUGAUUGAAAAGCUGGGCCAUUCCAAGCGCAUACAAACCAUGCGACGGGAAUGGAUCAAUGAAGAGAAGUUGAAGUUGUUUGAUCCCUCCGACGACGCGCCACAGGCCUCGAUUCCCAUCGCAGACCAACCUGCCAACAUCGCUCCAGCAGACCAGAAUGAUGCCUUGCUCCCUGCCUCAACCAAACGGCCAACGCCCCGUGAACAAGAGUCUGACGGUCAGGAUUUGUUCUUCUCCGAUAAUGCGGACGCAGUACCUACCGUCAGCCAUCCCGAGCCUGAAGAUGAUCUCGAUGAUAUUCUAAGGGAACAAGAUGAAGAGAGUCCCGCCGAUGCUGGUGGACUAUCGAGGGCACCGGGGAGAAGUGUGGAUGACUUUGACGCGGAAUAUGAAGCCAUGGAGGAGCUGGGAAUGUAG